CUCGAAGUGCUAUCAACUGUCAACUCUCAAGCCUUCGACCUCCCUUUUCCGCCAGACCUUGUGCGACACUCGCGCGCGGGGGCUCGCGCAGCUACCUCACCAUCACAGUCCGCAAUGCCUCCCAGGAAGCGAGGCAGGUCGAGCCUCGCCGCGACGGCGGCCGCGCCCCAGGAGGACAGCGCGAUGGAAAUCGACACGCCCCAGCCGGCCUCGACUCCGACUACCACCACGGCUCCGACAACACACCCCACCGUCGACCUGACCAGCCCAUGGACCGACGACCAGGUCGCGUCGCUCUUCAAGGGCAUAAUCAGAUACAAACCCGCGGGUAUGCACAAGCAUUUCAGGAUGAUCGCUAUCUCCGAGCAUCUCAGAAAGCACGGCUUCGACCCGAACGUCCUCAAGCACACGCGCAUCCCAGGCAUAUGGGAAAAGCUGGGGACCUUCUACAACAUCGACGUUAUCGACGAUCGCGAGAAUAACAUCCUCGAUGACGAGAGCCUCGAGAAGAGAUGGCUCGAAUUCCGCCUGCCUCCCGGGGAGUAUCACGAGCUUCAAGACCAGCGACGUUAUGGCAUCCCGGGAGAGGACGAUACGCCAGCGACCUCCCCGGCGCAAUGGGAUCCGGACGAGAGCCCAGGCCCGCAGCCUAACCCAAAGACUGCAGCGCCUGCAGCCCCAUCGACCAAGCGUAAGCGUGGAGAGCGGCUCUCCAAAGCUCGGUCCAGCACGGUAGAGGACUCGGACGAGGAGCCAACGACUCCACCCAAAGCUGCCCGAGGUGGGAGGGGCGGUCGAAGACGAGCCAGCGCGAGAGCAAAGGCUGACAACAACGAGGAGGAUGAAGAAGAUGAAGAGAACGACCAGGCGGAUGAGGAUGGGGAGGACGAUCAGGACGGAAGCGGCGAUGAUGACGCUGAGAACUCGAGUGAAGCUGAAGGUUCCGCGAGUGAAGAAGCAGAAGCUGCGGCGUCUACGGCAAAAUCAACACGGGGCGGUCGCGGGCGGGGAAGAGGCGGCCGUGGUCGUGCGCGGGGUCGGGGAAGACGAGAAAUUGAUAGCAACUUCAGCAAAGCUCACAGGAUAAUCACCACCAGUAUAUUGCCUUUGGUAGAGCAGUAUGGCGAGCACUCCAAAGCCGUUUGGGAAGCUUCCAUGUUCUGGAAGCAAUUUUUUGAAGCUUCUGCCAACGUGUCUCUGUCAGGCUAUGAAGAGCUUGCAAACGAUGAUGAGCCAUCCUCGGCUAUAGAGGAGUCCACCGUGAACGAUGACACUAUUGUCACUGCUCCUGAUGAGAAUGCAACCCCACGGCCUCGAAGCUCUGGAUACGAGGAGUCGACGGUUGAAGAGGACAAUGGUGAUAUGUCGCUCCUCACCGACGAUGGAGCCGGCGAUCUGUCCGGUAGCACUCCUCGCCCGCCAGCCACAAAAAACAUUGUACGACCAUCAACCCAAUCGUCGACAUCUCAGCCCCGUUUCGCAGGUCUAUCCUCCCCAUACGAGGCUAUGAAGCGUGAGAUGAUGCGAGAGGCGGAUCAGCCCCAGGGUGGUGAUUAUGAGGAUGAAGAGUCUUCAGCAUUUGACGAGUCCGAGUCCGAGCUCAUCUUCCGCCAAAAGACGGCGCGCCUGCCAGACAUGACAAUGUCACCGCAAGAAUUCCUUGCCCGAGUGGCACAGGAUUCGCCUGAGAAAGGUGGCCCUGCCAAAGACCGCCUGCUUCACCGCGUGCUCGAUAAGAACUACCGCCUUCAGGCGACGCCGCACCGUGCCAUGACGCGCGGUACGUCACCGGUGAGAUGGAAGAUUACCGGCAACGAAAAGGCCGGAUCGGGCAGCGGGAAGGGGGCUGAACAGCCGGAGCGCCAGCCCUGGGAGGACAGCCCCAUGUCAAGUCCUGAGAUGGCACCGCCGACACUGCGCAGCGCUGCCUUUAUGUCACCUGUCCGCACCACACAUCGCACUGGUGGUAAGCUCGAAGCUGUGUUGGCUGGACCCAGAACUCCUGGAGUUAGUGUACAGACUCCGCGAAUGGGUCGCAAAACACGAGACGUAUCCCAGAUGCAGGCAGACCAGCACAAGGAAAAGACCCCGGCCAGGGAAGAGGACGAGAUCACUUGGGAGAGCGACAGUGACGACGAGUUGUAUGCGGGGAUGAGUCCGCCAAAGACUAUACAAUUUGCUCUUCCUGCUUCUCGCCUUUUGCAAACACCAGCUCGAGAGGCUAGCAAGCGCAUUGUAGAGGACAUACUCCUUACCGCUGGCGCUGCCCCUGACGAAUCAUCCGAGUACAGCCCGACAAUAGUCAAGAUGAACGCCAACAUCCUCGACGAUUCUUUUUGA